AUGCUCUCCACCGUCAAGGUAAAAUCAAGAAAGAAGAGCGACAGCGGGGCGCUGCAGGAAGUGUCGUUGGAUCCGGCACUCAUUCAGUCCUUGAUCCACCUGAGCCAGCAAGAAGCCGCGGAUCAACUGGGCAUCUCACUGUCAAGCCUCAAAUCCGCGUGCCGAAAACUUGGGAUCUUCCGAUGGCCUUACUCUCGAGGAAGGAAGUCUCAGAAUGACACGGGGACAGACGACCUUGAACCUGAUGCGCAGCAGCUGGGCAGUGCUUCUGCCGGCUUCAUCGACGAAGCGUCAAGCAGGGGGCACGGGGGAGGGCCAGUUACGCUGGCCCAACCUACAGAGUCUGAUCCGCAGGAUAAGGACGAUUGGCACAACUCGAGCAUUGGCCUUGGAAUUGAUAUGGAUCGGCUGCUAAUACCAAGCGAGGGCCCGCAAGGAGCCUUCUUUGAUGGCCAACCAUCUGAGACUGCUUCAUCCAACAGGCGUGAUCAGAACAGCACACGCACACCAGCGAGCAAUGACGUCAGCAAGGUGCAGCCCGUUGGCAUACAUUUACCCUUGGCCGAUGCACCCACCGGCACGUCAGGAGGAAACGAAAUGCUCAGCCUAGGGGCAAGAGCGCAGGGGGCAACUGAGCCGAGCAUCGAUCAGGGUUGGCUGGAUUGGUUCAUCACUUGCGAGGAUGAUGAUCUUUCCGUCGAUCGGUCACUGGGCCCAUGCAGCAAGUUUCCUGAGUCCCCGUGA